CGAAAAUAUCUAAAUCACAAUUAGGUUCACGUAAAUCACUUGACAGUCAUUCCUCAACAUCGGAUUAUCAAUCGAGCGCUUUUGAAACAGCCGAAGAGCUGUAUCGAGAUAUCAAGGAAGAAGAUCAAAAGGCAAAGGCUCAGUAUAAGGUGGCCAAACCGGGUGGUAUACGUAAUUAUACACCAAAAAUAUUAUCGGAAGUAUCACUAUCUACCAGUGCGCCGGAAGCAAACGGUUUUAGUAAACAGAAAUCUAAAGUUAAAGACGAUCCGUGGAUCUGACAAUUACUGAAAAAUGGCAUUUGGUACAAUGACAUCUUUGCUCGGUAUGAUACCCCUACUGGCAAUCGGCAUGAAUUACUAUCGUUAUCAAACUGUGGAUCCCGAAAAUAAGGUGCAGGAGCCGCAAGUAAUAAGACGCCAAUAUGAUUUUGUGAUUAUAGGUGGCGGCUCGGCCGGAGCAGUAGUGGCCAAUCGUUUGUCGGAAAUUAAGAACUGGACGGUUUUAUUAUUAGAGGCGGGUGGUGAUGAAACUGAAAUAUCCGAUGUACCCGCCUUGGCUGGUUAUUUACAACUCACUGAUCUGGAUUGGAAGUAUCAAACUACCCCCUCUGCUACGCGACAAUAUUGUCAGGCCAUGAAAGGUGAUCGCUGUUUUUGGCCUAGAGGCAAAGUUUUGGGUGGUUCCAGUGUUCUCAAUGCCAUGGUUUAUGUUAGAGGUUCCAAAAAUGACUACAAUCAUUGGGAAUCUUUGGGUAAUCCUGGCUGGGGUUAUGAAGAUGUUUUAAAAUAUUUCCUUAAAUCAGAAGAUGUGCGUAAUCCCUAUUUGGCCCAAACACCCUACCACGAAACGGGCGGCUACUUAACUGUGCAGGAGUCACCCUGGCGUACUCCUCUUUCUAUAGCAUUUUUACAAGCCGGUCUAGAAAUGGGUUAUGAAAAUCGUGAUAUUAAUGGUGAGCUGCAGACUGGUUUCAUGAUCACUCAGUCAACGGUGAGAAGAGGUUCUAGAUGCAGUACCGGCAAGGCUUUCAUAAGACCAGUGCGUUUGCGCAAAAAUUUGGAUGUGCUUUUACAUGCCCAAGCCACGCGCAUUAUUAUAGAUAAUAAAAGAGCUACCGGAGUGGAAUAUAUAAAAAAAGGACGCAAGAAUAUAGUGUUUGUCAGAAGAGAAGUGAUUUCUUCCGCUGGUGCCCUUAACUCACCACAAUUACUCAUGCUGUCGGGUAUAGGACCCUCAGAUCAUUUACAAGAAAUGGGCAUACCGGUAGUAUCUGAUUUGCCUGUGGGCAGUAAUCUACAAGAUCAUGUGGGCUUGGGAGGUCUAACAUUUGUGGUAGAUGCUCCUCUUACCGUUACUCGCAAUCGUUUCCAAACUAUACCCGUUUCCAUGGAGUAUAUUUUAAGAGAACGUGGUCCUAUGACUUUUACGGGAGUGGAAGGUGUAGCUUUCCUUAACAGCAAAUAUCAAGAUCCUAAAAUUGAUUGGCCCGAUAUACAAUUUCAUUUCUGUCCCAGUUCUAUUAAUUCCGAUGGUGGGGAACAGAUACGCAAAAUCUUAAAUCUACGAGAUGGUUUCUAUAAUACCGUCUACAAGCCCUUGCAAAAUUCUGAAACCUGGUCUAUAUUACCUUUACUGCUAAGACCCAAAAGUACCGGCUGGAUACGCCUUAACUCCCGUAAUCCUCAGCAACAACCUAAAAUAAUACCCAAUUAUUUCGCCCAUCAGGAAGAUAUAGAUGUGUUGGUGGAGGGUAUUAAAUUGGCCAUUAAUGUUUCCAAUACCCAAGCUUUCCAAAGGUUUGGCUCCAGAUUACACAACAUUCCCUUGCCGGGCUGUAGGCAUCUAGAAUUCAAUAGCGAUGCCUAUUGGGCCUGUUGCAUUAAACAGUUCACCUUUACCAUUUAUCAUCCCUCGGGUACUUGUAAAAUGGGUCCCAGUUGGGAUACCACGGCCGUGGUUGAUUCCCGCCUUAGAGUUUAUGGUGUUUCCGGUUUACGUGUGGUAGAUGCCAGUAUUAUGCCCACUAUUGUCAAUGGUAAUCCUAAUGCCCCAGUUAUUAUGAUAGGCGAGAAAGCUUCUGAUAUGAUUAAAGAAGAUUGGGGUGUACGGCCGAUACGCAGACAAGGUUGAUCGCUAAAGCGUGUGUUACAAUGUUCCAUAAGCAAGCAGUUCCAUUAAGGCUUCCAUUAUAAAUUUGUUAGAGAUUUUAAGUGAAAAAAAUCUAAGUAAAAACUAA